UAAGCUUGUUAAUACAUAAAAAUGAUAUUGAAAAUUUAUUUUUGGCUUGUUAUGAUUUUGGGUUUAUGUUAUAUGUGCAAUACCAAAGACAUCAAAUCUAGUAUUUCAAGCUUACUUGAUAAUAUAAUAUCAACUGCAGGAUCGGCUGGUGAUAAUAAACAUCCAUGCUUGCAAGGUUUUCAAAAUUUGAAAAACAAUGCUGUUCCAUUGUAGCUAUUGAUUUGUUGGAUUGGGAAGAGAUUGAGUAGAGUUUAGAAAUAAGUUGGCAGAUGAAUGUUUCAAAUCAUUUAAAUUAUCUUGCAACUCACUUAGUAAACAAUUACUAAGAGACCCAGCUUGUUCAACUUAGUAAAUGCAUUCAAAAUGGUUCAUUGUUGAGAUUAAGAUGGAUUAAAGAGAUUUUGAUAGCAUGGGAAAAUUAGGUGCAGGGAUUGGAAAUGGUAAUACCUUUUUGCUUGGUAGUUACUCAGAAUGUAUGAGUUUGCCAGCCUUUCAUUUUUGUACAUUAUCAGAUAUCGUGAUUGCCCAAAAACUGUCUUUCACUCUUGGUGUUUGUAUGCCUGAAAAUUGUACCUCUACAGCUUUAGUCAAUUUUUUAAAAGGAGUAGCUGAUUUAACAAAGGACUUGAAUAGUACAGCAUUUUCUAUUACUAAUCAAGGAUUAUUAUCUCAGUUGUUUGGUGUUAGCGAUACUUGUUAUAAAAAUGGGAAAAAAGAUUUUCUGUCAGGAGCAAGUACAGGAUCUAGAGUGAUGGUAGUAAUUUCUAUUAUUUUGGCAUCACUUUGUCUCUGUGGAAGUACUAUUGAUGUUGUACUAAGAUAUUUAUCCAAAUAUCAGCCAAAAAUUCCAUAUGAAGCAGUACCAUCUGAAAUUGAAACUGAAAGAAACCCUUAUUCAUCGGUUUUCCCUGAAAAGACUAGUGAUAAAUCAACAGUGAACUUUUCAUCUAGUUGUAAUUUACCAGAAAAUGCAUUAGUCAAGUUUUUUCUAUGCUUUUCAAUGAUCAGAAAUUUACAUACUUUGUUUGACACAAAUAUUCCUAAUAAUUCUAUUACAUCAAUCCAUGGAUUGCGUGUAAUAUCAAUAACUUGGGUCAUGCUUGGUCACUCUUUGAUUUUUGGGCUUCCUUAUUAUGAUGAUAUCAUAGUUGCAGUAUCUUGGACUAAUCAAUAUCUAUUUCAAGCAAUAGACAAUGCAAUGGUAUCUGUGGAUACUUUUUUUCUUCUCAGUGGUCUUUUGGUUGCAUAUUUAAGUAUGAAGCAGUACAAAAAGGCUGGAAAUCUUUCUUUGUUUCAUUUUUAUAUACAUCGAUAUUUAAGGUUGACACCUUCAUACAUUUAUGCAACAUUCUUUUAUGCUUAUCUGUUUCCAUUGCUGAGCGAAGGACCUCUUUGGUACACACAAACUGAAGACAGUAUACCAAUUAAAUCUUGUGUCAAGUAUUGGUGGACUAAUUUAUUGUACAUUAAUAAUUUUUAUCCAGAACUUGCAAAUAUGUGUUUAAAUUGGAGCUGGUAUUUGUCAAAUGACAUGCAAUUCUAUGUUGUCAGUCCCAUAAUACUUUAUGUUAUGCAUAGGUUCCAACUACGUGGAACUCUUAUUAUCAAUGGAACGAUAAUUAUUCUUUGUAUGAUUGCGAAUGGUUUGUUGAUAGAUCACUAUGAUGGAAAUCCACUAAUAUCAUCUCUUUUUACCAGUUUAUCUAGUUCUAACUCAAUGCCUGGCUAUCUUUCCUAUACACAGAAUAUUUAUAUGAAGCCGUAUGCUCGCAUUAUUUCUUAUGCUGUUGGGCUGAUUCUUGGUUUUGUACUCUUCAAAGAAUAUAAAUUUUUUGCUAAAAAAAAAUAUGCUAAAAAUAUAGCUGGGUGGGGAGUUUCAAUUGCAGUUGCUCUUGCUGUUGUGUACGGACCUUAUUCUUCAACAAAACACACCUGGAGUAAAGCCGAAAUCAUAACUUAUGGUGUUUCAUUCCGUUUUGUGUGGUGUCUAGCUGUUGGCUGGGUUAUAUAUGCAUGCCACAAUGGAUAUGGAGGUUAUGUGAACAGCAUUUUGAGUUGGAAAGCAUUCAUCCCCCUUAGUCGUUUAUCCUACUCAACAUACUUAGUUCAUCCAUUUGUCAUUUAUUUAUUUUUCGCUUCUUCCCAAGUGGCAGUACACAUGACGCUUUUGACUUAUGCAUACCAUUUUGCUGCAACUGUUGUUUUAUCCUUCUCGAUUGCUUUAAUUUUGGUAUUAGGCGUCGAAUAUCCCGUGUUUAACCUUGAAAAACUUGUCUUGAAAGUGUGAAUAUAAGUGUUUACAUUCUAUUUUUAUUGUAUGUGUACUGUGUAGAUAGUGUACUGUAAGUCUAAGUUUUUUAUUAUUAUUGUUAUUUUUUUAUUUAUUUUUUUGUAAACUAUUUUUUUGUAAAUUUUAAUGAUUAUAAAGAUGAAAAAUAGCUAUUUUAAUGA